GUUUUAAUGGAGCUAAAAAAAUGUAAUACUUGGGAAGAGAGAUAUAAUAUUUUCGCCAAACAAUUCUUAACCAUUAAUACAUCACUCUCUCAUAAAAAUUUAAAAACUUUGUGUACAACAGUAUAUAAAUGUUCAUCUGCUGUUCUGCAGUAUGAUCCUUAUGCGUUACCGCCUAUCAAAUCUCCUAUAAUAUUGUUAAAACCUACAAAUCCGUUUCCUGUACCCAUGAUUGAGGACAAUUAUGGUUUGCACAAGAUAACUCAAAAUGUAGUAAAAGUACAUUACAUCGAGGGUAAUCAUAUUACUAUCAUGAAGAACGAGAAAGUGUCAGCAGCAAUUAAUGGAGAACCACCAUUCAUAUUUUAA